UCUUCUGCUUUUCUUUUUCUACCAUCUCUCUCUACUUUCUGCAUUCUCCAGGGACCCAUGAUCCUUUUCCCAUCCUCCAUCUUGUAGCUAUUUCCUCAUGCCCCUUUUCCCUGUAACUCCUCUGGUGUUCCCUGACAAGCCUUCCCAUUCCCCAGGACUCCCUUGAUCCCACCCUAUGCCUGUGACUUCUUCCAGAACAAGCCUUUUCCAUUUUUAGUAUAUGUGCUGCCAAAGCGAGCACCCAAGCCUUUUCCAAUCCCUUUCUGCCCGCUCCCUCUCUCAUAUCGUCUCCCACCUCACCCCAAACUAUCUCCUUCUCGCGACUCACUUUUAGGUCCCUAAUUUGUAUACCGAUGACCACCCUAUCUUUAUUUUUCCAGGACUCUAUGGACCCCCGGGGGCCAACCCCACAGUCUUUCCAGAGAGCUGAGAAACCUGGUCGGGUCCGCCGUCGGAAGACCAGACGGGAGCGUAAUGAGGCCCUGGUGGGCAGCCGCCGGCCGUUGGCUCAUCAGGAGCCUCCUGUGGCCAGUCGGAAUCCACCCAUGGAUCUCCAGGAUCAUGUGGCCCCUACUGCCCCCAAGCUAGUGGUCAUAACCCAGGGCCGGCUAAGCCGGGAGCACCGGGGUCUCUUCAACCAUGAGGUGAAAUCUCUGGACGUGACACGGCUGCUGAGCAGUGGGUCCCUGGAGCCAGACACUCCCACAUUUUCCACCAAGCCUUCCCCAAGCCCAGGCAGGGCCCAAGAACCAGGCCCACAGUCAAGGGGCAAGGAGAACCAGGUGCCUGGAGACUCGGGCCCAGGCCCACCUAGUCCCCUAGAGCUCCCUGGCUUGGGGCAGUUGCUGGGGGAGCUGCAGGGCCAGCUGAUUCUGCCACAGGCCUUCCCCAGGAGGAACCUAGUACAAGAGGCCAGGGAUGCCAUCCUGGGUACCUUACAGGUAUGCCAUGGUUGUGUGCCCGACCUUACCCUGGUGCUCCGAGGCUGCCAGCCAUCCUUGUCAGGGACCAAGCCUGGGGACUCUGAGAGACGAAGGAUCAACAGCCCUGAGCAGGCCCCAGGGGAAGGAAGGCAGAGGAGGAGAGAAGGACAGGGGACAAAGGAAUUCACCUUUGCUAUGCCGCACACCUCCAGCACUCUCACUACACACAGGGUGAGCCUGGCACCACCAAAAGGUCCUUGGCCACCCACAUUGCCUUCGACAUCUCCGGUGGCCUGGGGCCCCCCAACAGCCUUUGACCUGCUGAAAAGCAUCUGGCUAGUAGCCACACCAUCCCCUUCCUGGCCCUGUGGGGUCAGCACACCACAGUCCCUGCCUCAGCUACCAUCCCCCUUGUUUCCCCGAACCUCUGCCCUUGACUGGAGUCCCUGUCCUCCUGCCCCACUGCCCAACCUCUCCUAUACAGUGGCCCAGAGCAGCCCAGAGGCCUGGUCCUUUCCACCCAUGAGACUAUACUAAGGGGACUAAUGCUGGGCUAGGGGCAGCACUCCCAAUCACCUCAAUAAAAUACCUUCUUUAUGA